CAUACCUCAAAGGUUCUCAACGAGGCUAGGUAGCUACUAGCUAGUGUAGCAAGAAAAGACUAGCUUGAUGUUGAAAAUAGUUUUGACCGCUAUUGUACCUGAAUAACCAGUCGUGUUUUCCUGCAUGUGCAGUUUAAAUUAGAACAAAUUAAAAACGAUCAUGGAAGUUGUACGUGAGGGGUCGCCGGUGUAGCCUGGCGAGACUACCUGGAAGUGCCUCGUCAAUGUUUUUUUUGACGCGUUCCGUAGUUAUCGUUGGAAAAUGUUGUACCUUGUAUGUUGCUAUGUCACACUCAGUGGUGUAAAGUACUUAAGUACAAAUACUUUGAAGUACUACAUAAGUCGUUUUUUGGGUGUUCUGUGGGGGUGACCAUGGUUUGAGUGAACAAAGAUGUCUGCCCGGAUUCCGCUGGUCCUCCUGGCCUGCGGCUCCUUCAACCCCAUCACCAACCAGCACAUGCGGCUGUUCGAGCUGGCCAGGGAUCACCUGCACCAGACAGGUCAGUUCCAGGUGGUGGGCGGGAUUGUGUCUCCGGUGAGUGACGGCUAUGGCAAGCAGGGCCUGGUGUUGGCCAAGCACCGCAUCGCUAUGGCAAGGCUGGCACUGCAGAGUUCAGACUGGGUCUCUGUUGACGAUUGGGAGAGCCAGCAGCCCGACUGGACAGAGACAGUGGUCACAAUGAGGUACCAUUAUGGUCGGAUACUGAAGCAGUACCAAGAGGGCACAGGGAAGGACAGUGGUCCAACCACAAACUCCCAUCAUCUCACAAGCUCCUCUCCCAGGCUGAAGCUGCUGUGCGGAGCUGACUUCCUGGACACCUUCAAGGUGCCAGGCCUGUGGCUGGACGACCACGUGGAGGAGGUGGCAGGCCUCUUCGGCCUGGUCUGUGUCAGCCGGGGGGGCCUGGAGCCUGAGCGCGCCGUGCACGAGUCGGAGACACUUUCACGCCAUUGGCGAAACAUCAUCCUGGUGCGCGAGUGGGUCCGCAACGAGACCAGCGCCACGGAGAUCCGGCGAGCCCUGAGACGAGGCCUCAGCGUCAAGUACCUCCUCCCAGAUUCUGUCAUCAAGUAUAUCCACCAGCACAACCUCUAUACCGGGGAUAGUGAGCUGAAGAAUAAGGAUGUGCUAUUGAGGCCGCUUACCAAGCAGACAGAGAUGCCUGUGAAAACUCUGGAUGACUGACUGAGAGACUGCCAUUGGCCUUCAUUGAUGGAAGCAUAUAAUGUGCCAAUAGCAGAUACAUCUACUGACUGUGCGAGGACAGGCCAUGUGGCCCAUAACUAUUUCACUUCUGUCAUCUCAGUUGGAUAUGUGGCACACCACACGCACAAUGUUUUGCCAUCAGUGGUUGCCUUUUUUAUAAGCAGAUUUAUACACAUUUGUUAGUGUUGGAAAACUUGAUGUAACAGCAAAGACAUUUGUGCAGCAGUGCAGAUGACUAGAGAGACCAGAUGAGAAUUGUGAUUGACGCGGUGGAUUGUAGUAAGCUGGACUAGUUUAGGAUGCUCCUAAACUAUUGCUGACAUGUAAUCUGUUUUGGAAGAGAUGACAUCAUCACCCCCAACAGCCCGCAGAUACAGCCCGCAGAUACAGCCCGCAGAUACAGCCCACAGAUACAGUGCUGGUUGGCUAGUCUACAUGAUCGGAUUAUUAUGGAUAAGAGCGAGAAUAUUUUUCAUUUGUCAAAAGGCAGUCAAGCAUCAAUCAUCAUGACACCAGAAUAAGAUCCUCGAUAUUUAUUGGAAAUGAGCAUCAAGCUCAUCACCGUGCACUUUCAACACCCUGUAAAGCUCAUCAUAACUGUAGCCUAAUAAACUGCAUUGCUUUCUCGAGUCGUAGUGGGAGGACCACACACCACUCCAAGUUUACUUGGAUAUGAUGAUGAUAUCACUAUUUGCACAUAAAGGCAUUUCCUCCACA